UAAGCUGGCCUUGGAGCCGGAAUGUGCCUCGAUCUGGUGUGAAACAUUGGGUACAGACGUGAAGGGCGCUGUAGCGUUUCAAGGAUCACAGUUCAUGGUCGUCGAUCUUGGAGGAGGCACCGCAGAUAUAUCUGUCCAUGAAAGAAAACCAGAUGGAACCCUGAAAGAAAUCCACAAAGCAAGUGGGGGCCCGUGGGGAGGCAUCUAUGUGGAUGAAAAUUACAUGUAAAUGUUGAAUAAACUUUUUGGGGAAAAAGCUCUCACUGAACUCCGAAAGACUGAAAUGAAUGAUUAUUUCGACGUCACUCGGGAAUUUGAACAUAAGAAACGGUCAUUCGACACAGACAAAACAAAGCAGAUAAUUGUUCGUGUUUCUGCCUCGCUGAGAGAUCUUGCGGGAAAGUAUUCUUCCAAAUCUUUAGAGGAACAAAUUGCGUCCUUAAAAGUGCGUGAAAAUGCCAUCACUACGAGAGGAAACGACAAGCUGAAAAUUGAUGUAACAGUUGUCCAAUCAUGGUUUAAAAGACCAAUCGUUCUGCUGAUCCAGCAUCUGAAGUCUCUUUUAGCUGAACCAAAGAUAACAAGCGUGCGAACCGUUAUUCUGGUGGGCGGUUUCGGUGAAAGUCCGUACGUUCAGGAGAGAAUCAGGAAUAAAUUAGCCGGGGUGAGACUGAUCGUCCCUUCAGAUGCGGGCCUCGUCGUGCUGAAAGGUGCCGUGAGGUUUGGACAUAACCCCUCCAUUGUCUCCUCCAGGAUCAUGAAAUACACGUAUGGGACAGAAGUGUGUGAACAUUUUGAUGGAAAGAAGCACCAAGAUGGAGAGAAGGUUUGUGUGGAUGGAAAGUGGUUGGUGCCUAAAUGUUUCAAUGUGUUCGUUCGGGUCAACGAGGAGGUGAGAGUGGAUCAACAGGUGUCCUGUGAGAGUUAUCCUAAUAGUAAAAUAUCCGACACACCCGUGUACAGAACGACACAGAAGAACCCCGAGUUCACAACAGACCCCGGAUGUGAACUGCUCGGGGAUGUUGAGCUCGAAAACAGCACCGAUAUUCCAUAUGAGCAGCAGACAAUAAAAACUACGCUUAUGUUCGGAGAUACAGAACUUCUCGUCAAACAGAAGAACACGACCACAGGAAAAGAAGCUUACAUGACCUUUGAAUGCUUCAAAUGA